AGAGCGCGAUCUAUGUCCGCUUCAAAAUUACAGGCCUCGCUAAAGCGGGCUCGCGAAGAUGCGUAUGGCAAGUCGGCACAAAGCCGCCGAGCCGCUGACCCGGUGCUGCCAGAGGCUUUCGAACCCCGUCUGAAGUUUGACGUGCGGAGCAGUAUCACAGAGAUCCUCCUCCGCCUCCGCACAGAAGUUGCGCCGGAAGAACUAAACCUCCCAGCGCCGAACCCAAGCUCUGAUCCCCAUACAACCGACACUCCCGGAACUGCUUUGCCCCACUUGAGUUCCUCCGUUGUCCUCCAGGAGAUCACGAAAAUGUGCCACGACCGGCACGGCGUUGCGGCGCUACGAAAGAUUUUACGAGGCCUGGAAAGGGAGGAGCAACAGCAUCUUCUUUCGGUCGUAUUUCCCCCCACUUCACAGCAAGAAACCCCGGAAACCGAACUUGGCGAGAGCGAUAACAGAGCACAAGAUAAAGAACCUACAACCACUUCCCUUGACGAAAAAACCACCUCCCUGCUCGCGCGCAUUCAGCAGGAACUGGCGCAACGCAAAAGACCAAUCGAAGCGGGCCAACCCGAACCCGCACCACGUGAUCCCCCUUCCGGCCCCGCACUGGGAACCGCGAGCUCGUCUCUCCGCACCAGAUUCCCCUUUCCUGCCACCAAGAACCAAGCCGUGUGCGAGCACUGUGGACCCUUAGGAACCGUGCACUACUCUUACCCCGUCGGUAGUCUCGGGAAGUACGCGGCUUUGGAACGAGAGGUGAAAAGGAAGUACUGCUGUCUCCGGUGUGAGCGCGAAUGGUUUGAGGAGGAGUAGAAGGAGGCCACUGCACCCAGAAGUAGUGACGGAUGUCUUCUGAUGUUGCUCGCAGUUGCCUGCAACCUGGGCCAAGAAGUCGGCUGUGGCAUGUUUUGUCCGAAGGAUGUUUAGUUUCAAUGUUUCAACACCGUCACCAAAUCAGCUCCCUGGCAACUACAAAGUGAGACGCUACUUGAAUCUGCUUCUCCAACAAGAGCACUUCUACCCAUGCGGAUAACGCAGCAUCAGUGAGCUGCGUUGUUGACGAUUGAUGGAAAAAGAAACGCGUCACACUGUAAAUGUGUUGGCAAAGCUAGAAUAAUCCCUAAAAGCCCAGCUCGUGUCCGCUCGGGCUGCUAAUCUAGAACGUACAAUUGUUAAACAGCGUGAAUAGGUUCGAGCAUUACUGCUGCGGACUCGAGAUCCC